CCAUUGACGCUGCCUGCAACCAAAGCGGGAAAGAAAAGAAACAUUGCUGAUUGCUGAUUAGAAAUCGAGUGAGUAUAAAAGGCUAGGGCACUCUUCUUGCUCUAGUCUCCUAGAUCAACUCUCCCCCGUUUAAGUAACCUAGAGUUACAUCUCCGACGCUGCACAGACUUUAACUGACAGCUGCCAAAGCUUCGUACGAUAUGUCAGGCAGGAAAGAAACCGUCUUGGAUUUGGCAAAGUUUGUAGACAAAGGUGUUCAGGUCAAACUCACUGGUGGUAGACAAGUCACAGGGACCUUAAAAGGAUAUGACCAGCUACUAAAUCUCGUCCUGGAUGAAGCUGUGGAAUUUCUACGCGAUCCAGAUGAUCCAUUGAAGACUACUGAUCAGACCAGGCGUCUUGGCUUGAUAGUUUGUAGGGGUACUGCUGUUAUGCUCGUGUCACCAACUGAUGGUACAGAUGAGAUUGCUAAUCCUUUCAUCCAGCCAGAUGGAGCCUGAUUUGUCUUUAAUCUGUAGUUCUAACAUUGAAGUCUGUAUGUGCAUUUUAUCAGUUCACCUUACUUUUGCUUCAUAAGCUACCUUACUUUGGAAAAUAGGGAUAUCUGCAUUGAGCUUGAACUAUGCAUUUAAAUAUCAUGUUCUAUGAACUAACUGGCAAUUUGUUAUGUUUGUUCCCUUGGA